UAAUCGUCACGGUCACCACGGUGGGGGGGGGCACACACCACACCCCCCCCCAUCCCCACCCCCCCGGGGGGGCGCUGGGGCCGGGCCCGGCCGCUCCGGCCCUUUGUGUCGGCGAACGGGGAGCGCAGGGGCUGCGGCACCGGGACCAGCAUGGAGACCCCCAGGACGCGCCCCCGCUGGCGGCUGCACCCGGAGGGGGGUCCCCAGCAUCCCCCCCCAUCCCCGGAGGAGCCCGAGGGGGGGGCCCCGGUGUCCUUGGCGGUGGAGCGGGGACCGUGGACACGGCAACCGGCACCGGCACCGCACGGCGGCUCUACCAUCGCUACCGGCUCUACCAUCGCUACCGGCUCUACCAUCGCUACCGGCUCUACCAUCAGUACCGGCUCUACCAUCAGUACCGGCUCUACCAUCGCUACCGGCUCUACCAUCGCUACUGGUGGCUCUUCCAGCUCUACUAUCACUACCGGCUCUACCGGCGGCUCUACCAUCGCUACCAGCGGCUCUACCAGCGGCUCUGCUGGCUCUACCGGUGGCUCUACAGGCGGCUUUACCAUCACUACCGGCGGCUCUACCAUCACUACUGGCUCUACUGAUGGCUCUACCAUCACUACUGGCUCUACGGGCUCUACCGGUGGCUCUACCAUCACUACUGGCUCUACGGGCUCUACCGGUGGCUCUACCAUCACUACUGGCUCUAUGGGCUCUACCAGUGUCUCUACCAUCACUACCAGCUCUACAGGCUCUACCGGCGGCUCUACCGGCUCUACCAUCUCUACCGGCUCUACCAUCUCUACCGGCUCUACCAUCUCUACCGGCUCUACGGGCUCUACCGGCGGCUCCACCGGUGGCUCUACCGGCUCUACCAUCACUACCGGCUCUACCAUCUCUACCGGCGGCUCCACCGGCGGCUCUACCGGCUCUACCAUCUCUACCGGCUCUACCAUCACUACCGGCUCUACGGGCUCUACCGGCGGCUCCACCGGCGGCGCCGGCACGGAGCUGCGGCGCUUGCGCUUCCGUCAGUUCCGCUACCAGGAGGCGUCGGGGCCGCGGGACGUGUGGCGGCGGCUGCGGGAGCUGUCGCGGGGCUGGUUGCGGCCCGAGGUGAGGAGCAAGGAGCAGAUCAUGGAGCUGCUGGUGCUGGAGCAGUUCCUGAGCAUCCUGCCCGAGGACAUCCAGAGCUGGGUGUGGGUGCGGCACCCCGAGUCCUGCGCGCAGGCCGUGGCCUUGGCCGAGAGCUUCCAGCUGGGACAGGGCCCCCCCGGCGGCGUUUGGGAGCAGCAGGUGACGGUGCGUGUGAAGGUGGAGGACGUGGCCCUGGGGGAUCCCGAAUGGGCUGGGGAGCCCGCGAGCCCCCCGUUGGAGUCACCCCAUGUCCCCGCUGGGGCCGGGCGGCGGGAGGAGGUGACAUGGCCCAAGGUCAAGUUUGUCCCCAAGGAAGAGGAGCAGCACCCGCAAGAAGCAGCUGCUCCGUCUCCGCCGUUGCCGGAGGAGCCCGAUGGUGGCGGCGUCUCCUCCAUUGAGAACCAACAACCGAAGCGUCUUCUCUCCCCCGAGCAGGUCCCACCGUGGCGAGCAGAGACGUGGGGGCGCCCGUUGCGCAUCGCCGAGACCCCCCCCCACCCACCCAGCGCCCUCCGCGGUGCCCCGGCGGCCAGGACCCCCCCGCAUCGGCGCCAGAUCCCGCGGGGUCGCACCACCUGCCCACAGCACAUCGCCCGGGGUCCGGCCGGAGCAGCCGAGGGCCCCGGGAAGCCCUGGCGGGAGCCGUCGGCGCACGGGAAGGAGCGUCCGUACCCCUGCGGCGAGUGCGGCAAGAGCUUCGCGCGGCUGACGCACCUCAAGACCCACCAGCGCACGCACACGGGGGUGAAGCCCUACGCCUGCGGCGCCUGCGGCAAGAGCUUCGGCCACCUCUCCACCCUCACCACCCACCAGCGCCUCCACACGGGCGAGCGCCCCUACGCCUGCGCCUCCUGCGCCAAGACCUUCACCAACCCCUCGGACCUCAACAAGCACCAGCGCAGCCACACGGGCGAGCGGCCGUACCCCUGCGGCGCCUGCGGCAAGCGCUUCAGCCAGCAGUCCAACCUCACCAUGCACCGGCGCAGCCACACCGAGGAGCGGCCCUACCCCUGCGGCGCCUGCGCCAAGAGCUUCAAGUACCUGGCGGACCUGACGGUGCACGAGCGCUCGCACACGGGCGAGCGGCCCUUUCCCUGCGCCCACUGCGGGAAGGGCUUCAGCAACAAGUCCUCGCUGGCCCGGCACACGCGCAUCCACGCCCGGGCGGCCGCCAGGGACAAGUGAUGGGGAUGGGGAGGAUGAGGAGGGUGGGACGGGGUGGGAUGGGGAGGUUGCGUUGGGUUGGGUGAGGUAGACCUGGCAGCCCUGGGGAGAUGAGUGGGGGUGGAGGGGUGGUGAGAUGAUGUUGGAGGAGCCCGGUGGCUCCAGGACUUGGGUCUGUGGUCCUGGAGAUGGGACAUGAUGGGGUGACCAUGGGCUGCUCAUUGAUGUCCUCCUGGUGGCUCCAGGACUUGGGUCUGUGGUCCCAGAGAUGUGACAUGGAUGGGGUGACCAUGAAUGGCUGGUUGAUGCCCCUAAAGAGCCCGGUGGCUCCAGGACUUGGCUCUGUGGUCCUGGAGAUGUGACAUGGAUGGGGUGACCAUGGGCUGCUCAUUGGUGUCCUCCUGGUGGCUCCAGGACUUGGGUCUGUGGUCCCAGAGAUGUGACACAGAUGGGGUGACCAUGGGCUACUGGAUGAUGUCCCUAAAGAGCCCGGUGGCUCCAGGAUGCAGCUCAUGGUCCUGGAGAUGUGACAUGGAUGGGAUGACCAUGAGCUGCUCAUUGAUGUCCUGCUGGUGGCUCCAGGACUUGGGUCCAUGGUCCUGGAGAUGUGACACGGAUGGGGGUGACCAUGAACGGCUGGUUGAUGUUCCUAAAGAGCCCGGUGGCUCCAGGAUGGAGCUCGUGGUCCUGGAGAUGGGACAUGGAUGGGGUGACCAUGGGCUGCUCAUUGAUGUCCUGCUGGUGGCUCCAGGACUUGGGUCUGUGGUCCCAGAGAUGUGACAUGGAUGGGGUGACCAUGGGCUGCUGGUUGAUGUUCCUAAAGAGCCCGGUGGCUCCAGGAUGGAGCUCAUGGUCCCAGAGAUGUGACACGAUGGGGGUGACCAUGAGCUGCUCAUUGAUGUCCUGCUGGUGGCUCCAGGACUUGGGUCCGUGGUCCUGGAGAUGUGACAUGGAUGGGGUGACCAUGAACGGCUGGUUGAUGUCCCUAAAGAGCCUGGUGGCUCCAGGAUGGAGCUCAUGGUCCCAGAGAUGUGACAUGGAUGGGGUGACCAUGUGCUGCUCAUUGGUGUCCUCCUGGUGGCUCCAGGACUUGGGUCCAUGGUCCUGGAGAUGGGACAUGGAUGGGGGUGAAGACAAGAUGGUGAUAAAUGUCCCAAUGAGCCCGGUGGCUCCAGGAUGCAGCUCGUGGUCCUGGAGAUGUGACAUGGAUGGGGUGACCAUGGGCUGCUGGCUGAUGUCCUUGAAGAGCCCGGUGGCUCCAGGAUGGAGCUCAUGGUCCUGGAGAUGUGACAUGGAUGGGGGUGACCAUGAACGGCUGGUUGAUGUCCCUAAAGAGCCUGGUGGCUCCAGGAUGCAGCUCGUGGUCCUGGAGAUGUGACAUGGAUGGGGUGACCAUGAGCUGCUCAUUGAUGUCCUCCUGGUGGCUCCAGGACUUGGGUCCGUGGUCCUGGAGAUGUGACACGGAUGGGGGUGACCAUGAACGGCUGGUUGAUGUUCCUAAAGAGCCCGGUGGCUCCAGGAUGCAGCUCGUGGUCCUGGAGAUGUGACAUGGAUGGGGUGACCAUGGGCUGCUCAUUGAUGUCCUCCUGGUGGCUCCAGGACUUGGGUCCAUGGUCCUGGAGAUGGGACAUGGAUGGGGGUGAAGACAAGAUGGUGAUAAAUGUCCCAAUGAGCCUGGUGGCUCCAGGAUGCAGCUCGUGGUCCUGGAGAUGUGACAUGGAUGGGGUGACCAUGGGCUGCUGGCUGAUGUCCUUGAAGAGCCCGGUGGCUCCAGGAUGGAGCUCAUGGUCCCAGAGAUGUGACAUGGAUGGGGGUGACCAUGAACGGCUGGUUGAUGUCCCUAAAGAGCCUGGUGGCUCCAGGACUUGGGUCUGUGGUCCUGGAGAUGUGACAUGAUGGGGUGACCAUGGGCUGCUCAUUGGUGUCCUCCGGGUGGCUCCAGGACUUGGCUCUGUGGUCCCGGAGAUGUGACAUGGAUGGGGUGCACCCCAAACCCCCCACCGGGACGCCCCGUCUUCCCCUCCAAUGGCCCUGUUGUCCCCCUUUUUGGGUAUUUAUUCACGGCAGCGCCCGCCGUCCCGUCCCGUUGUCCCCCCCGUUGUCCCCCCCGUUGUCCCCCCCGUUGUCCCCCCCGUUGUCCCCCCCGUGCACCGGGCCUUACAAUUAGAGACCGACCUACCUCACCGGGCGCUGCCCCCACAGCUCAAGCCCAAAGUGGGGGGGCUUGGGGAGCCCCUCGCCGCUGGGCCCCCCCGGUUUCUCGCCCUUUGUGCUGUAACAGCGGAUUUACCCCCUUG